AUGGCUUCCUCAAACUCCUCCACUACACCAGCAGCUCUGAAUGCUCUGUCCGACACAGCUGUCGUCUUGAUGCAGCAGUUGGAGGCUGUUCUCCAGAACAUUAACAGUGGCAAAGACACCCCUCAGCAGACUGAUACCUCGUCCGUCGAUGCCUUUGCUCUCGCUCGUGAUUCAGCUACCCUGAUCAAGGCGCACUCGACCAAGAUUUCCGUUCUCAUCAUCAACGAACCCUUCACACCCUCGGCCGUCAUCAAAGUCCUCCGAGAACUCGUUGGCGGCCCGAUUCCCGGCAUCGCCACCGCAGGCCAGGCUUGUGACGCAGACCGAUAUACGGCUACUGUUCGGAAAGAUCUGGCUUGGAAAUGUUACACUGUAUUGAAGGAGCUCCGCGGUCUGGUUGAAAAGAUCCCUAGGGAUGGCAAGAUUCUGUCAGCAGCGCAAAAGUCAGGCUCCACGGGUGCACCUGGCAAGGGCAGUAUGGCUGCCACCGGUGUUAUUUGGUCGGCUUGCGACGAUCUGGUGCAAUUCGCCACCGGAGGUAUCGGCGGCUGCUUCAUCAAAAAGGUUGAAGAGUUCAGGGCGACGCUGAAGGAUGUCAUGGAGGAGCUCAAGGAGUGGGGUGACGAAGAGCCGGAAGACGACGACGAUGACGACAACGACGAUGAUGAUGAUAAUGCCGUAAAUGAUGCGGACCACGAUUCGGCCCUAGGUUCCAUGAUGCCCUCGGCGCAGGAAAUGAUCGACGACAUGAUGGCGAACCAGGGGACGAUUCCUCGCGACGACCCCGACAAGAUCCGCGAGCGUCUCGAGUCCUGUCUGAAGCGCGUGAGACUGACAACGCUGCUCUAUCAGGCCAUCAUCAAGCGACGACUCAAGACACUACCCUCCCUUCCGGCCGAGAACUCGGAUAUCCCUAAGCGUCUGGACGAGUCGAUGCGGGUCCUCAGGAAACUCCCGCACAUGUUCGACGAGCUUGCCGGCGCAUUCUACGAGCUCUCACCUGAUGAAAUCGAUCGAGUAAUGAAGCUGUGCUUCGAUGAGAUCGUUGGGCUUUCGGAACUUCUCAAGUCACCUUGGACUGGGGAAAGCGAUGAGUUUUCCCAGUGGGUUGGCAAGUUCCAGGCUGAAAUCAAAAAGGGUUGA